AUCGUCAUCGUCAUCGUCAUCGUCGUCGUCGCUAUCAAAGUAGCUGUCGUCGAGAUCGUCGAGAUCGCCGAGCAUUGCCCGCGGCGACCGAAUGAACUCGUCAAUCUCGAGUUUCGCGUCGUCCAAGAUCAACGCUGCGUCCUUGAUCUCAUGCACGAGCUUUUUGAUCAGUCCCGGGGGUACCGCCGACGGCGACGACAGCGCCUUUUCGAAUUCUUCGAAUGCUUUGCAUUUCUCAAUGACUAUCCCCGUCGUUCUGAACUUUACAUCGUCCGGUAACUGUACGUCCUCCUCCUGCUGCUCAGAAUCACCAGAAGGCUUCGCCUCAUCGCUCAAAUCCAGCGCAAGACUCUCCAUCAUCACCGCCACCGCAUCCGCAGCCUUCGUCCUCCUCGUCUGCGUCUCCCGCUGCCGCCCAUCAACCCCAUCCACCAGCUGCGCGACCGCAAUACACAGCUCCACGCAAUACCUCCUCCUCUGCUCCGCCAGACUCGCGACCGCAAACCGCAGCUCGCUCCCCUGCCGCGCCGGCGUCUGCGUCUCGAGGUACUGCGCGACAAGCAAGCCCAGCAGCGCGCCGAGCUCGCGCAGACAGCCUGCGACGGCGGCGUCGGUUGCGGCCGUGGACGCGUGGCGCUGCGCGUCGGCGUUGAUGGUGGGGGAGAAGCGCGCAAGGCCGGCUUUGGUGGAUUGGAGACGGAUGUUGGCGAUCGUGCGGGCGAGGUCGAGCGUAGGGGAGGAGGAGGAGGUGUUGCGGAAGGUGUCGAGGGCUUGUUCGAGGAUGGUCCGCGUGAUGUCUGCGGUGUCGUGUAAGAUCGACGACGCCAUUUUCUCUUCUUUCUCUUCUGCGUUUGUGGUUUGGUGAGGGUGGUGAGUUGUGCGGUGGGGAUCAGAUGAGGGAAGGUAGGAAAACUGAUGAUGGUUGGGAGGGGUGGUGAAACUUUAUUCGCGGAAGAGGAACAAAUUUUCAUUGUUGAAGAAGAGAUGGAUGGAUUAUGGGUUUAU